UUGCCUCCUAUCUUUUCUACUUUGGGACUGACGUUACUGGUCAGUGCUGUGGUAAGGCUUCCCGUGGCAGAAGACCUGCACCAAAGAAUGUGGAUAAACCUGUUGUAAGACAGAACAAACGUUAGUCCUACAUCAAAAGAUGGAAGUGCAGGACCAGGAGUCUCUGGGAAGAUGGGACCGGCUGGGCAGCCGGGAUGCUAUCUCCAGAACUAAAGCCAUGGAGAGCAUCUGCCAGGACGUCAUGAGGCAAGUAGAGGCCAUCAGGCCCAUACCAUCAUUGGCCCUGUCACCCCCAGCCUCAGGAAACCCUCCCAAGAGUGACCUAAAUGACAUCCUGGCUCACCUCCUCAUGCUGUCCAAACGGUGUCCCUAUGACGACGUCAAGGAGCGAUGUGUUCGGCUUCUACAGGGAGUCCAGGACUUGGGAGUAAGGAUCCCAAGACCCUUAGGAAACGGACCAAGCAGAUUUAUCCCUGAAAAAGAGAUUCUUCAAAUCAGUAAAGUGGACGCCAGGACACAGUCGAUAUUUGAGGAUGCGUUUGCAGCCCUCGGUCGCCUUGACAACAUUUCUCUGGUGAUGGGCUUCCACCCGCAGUACCUGGGGAGUUUUCUCCGGACGCAGCACUACCUGCUGCAGAUGGAUGGACCUCUGUCUUUGCACUACCGACACUACAUCGGCAUCAUGGCGGCAGCUAGACACCAGUGUUCCUACUUGGUCAACCUCCACGUGAACGACUUCCUCCAGGUCGGGGGUGAUCCCAAGUGGCUGAACGGCCUGGACGAAGCGCCGCAGAAGUUGCAGCAGCUCGGGGAGCUCAACAAAAUCUUGGCCCACCGACCGUGGCUUCUCACCAAGGAACACAUCGAGUGCCUUCUGAAGGCAGAGGAGCACAGCUGGUCCCUCGCGGAGCUGAUCCACGCCGUGGUCCUCCUCACACACUACCACUCCCUCGCCUCGUUCACCUUCGGCUGCGGCAUCACGCCCGAGAUCCACUGCGACGGCGGACACACUUUCAGACCCCCCUCCCUCAGCCAGUACUGCGUCUGUGACAUUGCCAAUGGCAACGGACAUGCUAAUCACCACGACGAUCCGCUUGGCAACCAGGAGAUGUGCGGCGAGGUGGAGGUACUGAUGGAGCGCAUGAAGCAGCUGCAGGAGUGCCGCGACGACGAGGAGGCCAGCCAGGAGGAGAUGGCAACUCGCUUUGAGAGGGAGAAGACGGAGAGCAUGCUGGUGGCCACAGCGGAGGACGAGGAGUGUGUCCCCUCCAGAGACAUCUCCCGACACUUUGAGGACCCCAGCUAUGGCUACAAGGACUUCUCCAGAAGGGGGGAGCAUGUGCCCACAUUCAGAGUGCAGGACUACAGCUGGGAGGAUCACGGUUUCUCUCUGGUCAACAGACUGUACCCUGAUGUUGGUCAGAUGCUGGACGAGAAGUUCCAGAUGGCCUACAAUCUGACCUACAACACCAUGGCAACACACAAGGAUGUAGACACCAGUAUGCUGCGCAGGGCCAUCUGGAACUACAUCCACUGCAUGUUCGGCAUCAGGUAUGACGACUAUGAUUAUGGCGAGAUAAACCAGCUUCUGGACCGUAGCUUUAAGAUCUAUAUUAAGACUAUGGUGUGUAGUCCUGAGAAGACCACCAAACGAAUGUAUGAGAGCUUCUGGAGGCAGUUUCAGCACUCCGAGAAGGUCCACGUUAAUCUGCUUCUUAUGGAAGCGCGAAUGCAGGCAGAACUGUUAUACGCUCUGAGAGCGAUUACCCGCUACAUGACAUAAAGUGCUUUUGGCGUUUUUAUCGUUGUCUUUUUACUGUCUGUCAUUGCUCAUUAUGGGACACUUUAAGAAAAAAAAAAAAAAAAAGAAAAUCAAAGGGGGGGGAAUUCAACAAAAAUGUGGAAGAGAAGUGAGAAGCCCUGGGUUGUGACAGUGCUUAUUGGAUGGAUUUUGAGAAGAGGAACAGAACAAAUGAAAGCAAGGAAGAAAAAAAAAAAAAAAAAAAAAAAGAACUGAAGUCAUCUCAAGCUACAAGUGGAUACAUAAACGGUUUGUGUUGCCUGCAGUGGCAAAACUGACCAUGAGAGGGCAGCCUGGAGCAAACGCCUGCUCUGCUGGAGAGUUUGUGCCUGACCACUGACACCGGAGGCAUCCAGGAUGAUGUUUCAGUAUUCCAGCAUGCAACCCCUUUUGUUGCCAAUCUCUUCUGUCUCCUGGUAGAGUGAAGACUCACAAACAAUCCCCAGAAAGCUGUGCAGCCAGAACCAGCCUGCACUUUGAUUCUGUUGUCACUGUUGUGUUGUUAAGUAUCUUUAAUAACUUUUCAUUUCAUUUUGUAUUAAGGAAAGUGGAUGUUGUUAUCGAUGUGGUUGCCGUUAGUGGUAACUGGAGAGCAUUAACUUUAGGACGUUCUUCUUUUUUUUUUUUAUAAAACGUGUGCCUGAACUAUCCAGCACAGUGUGCAUACGUGCUGAUGCUGCUGCUCCCAUGUUGUAUUCAGCGGGGUCAUAUUGAUCCCCAAAUCACCCCCCAACCCCAUUAUAUCCCCUAAGCCCCUAUCCAUUAGAAAUCCAUUGCAUUACCCCCUCCCUCCCUCUUGUCCUCUACCCCAAUCUCAAAUGUCAAUGUAAGCUAAUCCAAGGAGUGUGUGAAAACCAGAGCGGUUUGGAAAGCAACUCAAAGAACACUGUCUGAGCCCUUUUUUUGAGUUUGACUGUACAUGUGUGGAUGAGUUCUGUGUUCAUGGUGACUGAGGAGUUGAUGUUUGUGUGCAUGUGUUUCACAAAAAUGACAGAGAAAAAAAAAUGUUUGUCUUUGAAUUUCAUGUGUCAAAAAAAGAAAAAGCGAGGCACUUUGAAGGAAAGACUUCUUGCUUCUGCUGUAGCUCUGUUAUUGUGAGUAACUGUAUCAUUAUUUGUUGUUGUUGUUGUUGUUGAUGUCUUUUUUUCUGGUAAUGGGGGGGGAAAAAAAGAAAAGCUAAUCAAAAAGAAAGUUAGAAACCAGGUUUUCCAGGAGGGAUUUGCUUCCGGUUGCCCUAACCACACCUUAUCUGUCUUCCGCUUAUCUCCGCUGCCUGGUCACCCUAACACACUUUCGAAGCUUUGGAUUGUGAAUUUACCAGUAAAUGAAUACCUCUUCUGUUUUUCUCUAUAAAACAUAUAAGUGCUCUUUGGUGAGCAGAGACUCUUUCCGGGCUGUUCCCAUUUCUUGGGAACCCGGUGGGCUCACACAUGGCCGACUGCGGUCAAUUAGCUGUUGAAUGCAUAAGGUUGUUGCUGUGCUUAUUUCCCUGCUGGGGAAGUCUAACCAGUGCAAAAGCAGCUUCCUUUUCUUUUUUUUUUUUUUUUUUUUUUUUUUUAUAAAUUUUGAACAGAGGUGAGAAACCUCUGCUGUUUUUUUGUUUACUAAAACCAGUAAAGUACUGCAUUCUUCUGAGGGUGGAUUGAGAGAAUCAGACCGAUGAAUGAGUGAUGUUGAGAAGGAGGAGGGUGAUGAUGAUAAAAGAAUGGUACAUUUGGAAGUGUUUUGAGAGGAAGUGGUUUUUUUUUUUUUUUUCAAACUUCUGACUGACGUCAGUUACUGACACUUUUUUUAUAUGAAAACAUAUGAAAAAUAUGGAAAAAAAAUAAACUCUGAAAUUGAAUUGUUGUGUAUCAUUUGUAGUUUUCUCCUAAACAAAUCAGAUUUCACUGCUUUGUCAACAACAUAUUAGAUGUGGAGAGGCCUACGCAAUUCUGGAAUCAGUCAUAGCACAAUCGGUGUCAACAUCCGCUCCCUUCCACUGUGUGGGACGUAUUGGUAAAUGAAAUAGCCCAUGGUAAGAUGACUCAUGGAGUUUUAUUUUAUCACCUUAUGUUUCGAAGUACACUCAGCUCUUUGCUAAUAAAGCUGACUUCAUCAACAGUAAGCUGAACUCAGUUUGCCAUCAGUACAAUCCAGGGACUUUCAUGUGAAUGUCAUUUUACUGUACACACUGGAGAACUGUGACUCCCUGGGAACAGGGUAAAGGUCCCUGUUCUCGUGGUGCGGUCAAGGACAAAGUUGCUCUUACCUCUAGAGUUUACCUCUACGUCACACCUCACUGGGAAAAAUCCUUCACUUUCCCUAUGAGGUUGUCUGAAGUUCAGGGUGUUUCCCAUCCAGGCCUGUCUGUCAAUUCACAAUUAACAA